CAGUAACUGAAAAAACCAAACAUGGUACUGCGUCUUUAUGAGCUAAAAUAACACAUGAGAUUUCCGCCAUUGUUUGCCAUUAUCCUCUGCCAACUUUUGACUGACCUGGUAAAAGAGGGAGCCCUGUAAUAAGAUACUGUUCCGUAUAUAUCCGUGUCACACGCUUUGUGUUGGUAUAGGGCGUUGUUUGUUUACCAAAGCUGUCUGCCUUCAUAUAAUUCUGGCGUGUAAGCUACAGAGUACAGACGCUUUUAUUGCAAUCCAGCUUCUGUUCUUGGUUUGCGUCCAUUUUCUUCACUUAUUUUAUUUAAAUCAACUCGCAGUUCGGGUUUCUUGACUCCCUAGAAGAAGGCUCUAGCUGCUUACCUGAACAAAGGUGCUCUUACUCUUUUCGUCAUUGGAUUGCUUUGUACUCCGAUUUUACAAUGAAUGAGCAACCUGGGAUUUCAAGGGCCAGCUCAUCGUGCUCUAUUUCGAGUGCUAGCUUGAAAAGCAGUUCAUUGGGUACGCAGGAUGAUCAUACUAUUGCUAAAAUAUUAGCUGAGGAGGAGGAAACUUCUUUGAAGUACACAAGCAAGCUUGGAAAGAGGCUUUCUCAUUUAGAUUCAAUUGCGCACGUCCCAAGGGUAGUUCAAGCAAUACCUGAUACUAAUGAUGCCACAUUAGACCACGCAAGGCUUUCUGAAAGGUUGGCAACAUAUCAUCUCACAGAAGUUCAAAUGGAAGGAGAUGGGAAUUGCCAAUUCCGAGCCCUUGCAGAUCAAAUUUUUCAAAAUCCAGAUCACCAUAAGUAUGUAAGAAAGCAGGUUGUCAAACAGCUAAAACAUUUCAGAACACUAUAUGAAGGCUAUGUUCCUAUGAAAUACGAAAGCUACCUGAAGAAAAUGAAGAGAAAAGGGGAAUGGGGAGACCAUGUUACUCUUCAAGCUGCAGCAGACAGAUACUGUGCUAAAAUAUGUUUAGUCACAUCUUUUCGAGACAGAUGCUACAUUGAGAUCCUUCCCAAGGACAUCGAUCCUGCAAGAGAACUAUGGCUGAGCUUUUGGAGUGAAGUACAUUAUAAUUCUUUGUAUGAAACUGAUGGAGGGGUCCCGACUCGACACCAGCGAAAGAAGCAUUGGCUUUUCUAGAAUGGCCAUACUGCAGAUGGUGUGUGACUCGUGUCUAACACACAAAUGCAUAUAUAAUGUUACUUUAUAGUGCAGGUUCCUACUAAAAAUAUACUCCGUAUUUACUUUAUAGAUGUAAUGGCAGAUGGUGUGUGACUCGUGUCUAAGCACCUUCAUUUCAGGUGCUUCUCGGUGAAAUUUUUUGAUAAAAUUGUGCGAGCAGUUUCGUUAUAAAGUGUAGACUAUGUUCACCAAAUUUCAAUUUAAAAUUCAAUAGGGAAGUAAGUUGAAAAACAUUGUGGCAUUGUGCCAAAAAAUAUAUAAAAAGCGCACUGUUUUUCAAUAAUUUAUUUAACUGACUUCCGGAUUGAGUUUUAAGCUGAAAUUUGGUGGACAUAAUUAAUCUACACUUCAUAAAUAACAUGUUGACAAAAUUGCAUCAAAAAAUGUCACCGGGAAGCACCUCAAAUGGAGGCGGCUGUACGGCGGGAAUGCCACUCUUUAAUGGAAUGUUAUAGUUGUUGUUGGGAGAAAUGUGUAAAUAUAUCCGAAGUAUAUGUGAAGGUGUCACAUAUCUCUGAAGGGAAAAGGUACAAAUAUACCCAUGUAUUAUGGGUGUGACUGUGUGAGAAUAAAUACACGCAUAUUCUAUUUUUUGGAACAAAUAUA